AUGGUUAGUUUUUCCUAUGAUCUUAAUCUUGGUACGCCAGAUCAUCGUUGUCGUUUAUUUCCUAAUGAUACAUAUGACAAAACACCUCAAACACCUCAAACAUAUAAAAUAUUUCUUAAUAAUUUACAUUUGACAGCUAGUGAAUAUGAUAAAAAAUGUACAAUGCUCGAUAAUAAAUUUUCAUUAACAUUGAAACCUUGUGAUCAAGGUUGGGUUUUUGAUAUGAAUAAAUAUGGUGAAACACUUACAACAGAACUUUUACUUGUUUGUGAUAAAUUUCAUUUACGAGCAUUAACACAAAAUAUUUAUUCAGCUGGUGUAGCUGGAUCUAUAUUAACAGGACUUUUAUCCGAUAGAUGGGGUCGUCGAAAAACAAUUUAUUUACUUGUUAUUAUAUUAAUUAUUGCAUUGAAUACAAUGCAAUUAUUUUUAUAUUCACCAACACAUAAACUUCUUGUUUUUACAAUAUGUCGAUUUUUUCAAGGAUUUGCAAUAACAUUUCAUUCUGUUUCACUUGUUCUACUUUUAGAAAUAACUGGACCAAGUCGACGUGUUUUAGCUGCUAAUAUACUUGCAUAUUCAUUUGCAUUAGGUCAAAUUUUAUUAGCUAUUAUAUCAAAAAAAUUAAAAGAUUAUAAAUUAACAUAUUGGUCAUUAAAUAUAUAUGUUUUACCAUUUAUAUUUAUUUAUAUAGUUAUACCUGAAUCACCACGAUGGCUUGUACAACAAGGUCGUAUUAUCGAAGCAAGAAAAGUAUUUGAAAGAAUAUUUUUAAUAAAUCGUCGACCAUUAAAUGAUCGAUUAGAAUUAUUUUAUUCACAUUUACCAACUGAUGUUAUUGCUGCUAGAGAAUCUGAACAAAAAAUUCCAACUUAUUUAAAUGUAUUCAAACGACUUUGUCAAUCGAAAUUAAUGAAAAAAAGAUGUUUACUUCUUAUUGCUGUUUGGUCAGUAGCUGUUUCUGUUUAUUUAGGUAUCAGUAGUGCAUUACCUGCACUUACAAAUCAACCACAUGAAUUAUUUAUAGCUGGUGCUAUUUGUGAAAUGAUUGGUCUUAGUGUAUGUCAUAUACUUGCAUCACUUGUUGAACGACGUCGUCUUCUUAUUGUAUUUUUUAUUGCAACAUCUCUUGCUUUAGCACUUGUACCUGUUACAUAUGAUAAACAACCAUAUAUAAGUCUUUCGUUUGCUUUACUUGGUAAAUUAACAGCAUCUUCGUGUCAAUUGUUAAUUGUUGUAUAUACAACUGAAACAUAUCCAACAGCUCUUCGUUCAACAGGUGUUGGUUUAUCAGCAUGUAUAGCACGUCUUGUUGCAAUGAUAGGACCACAACUAUCAGCUACUCAAUAUUCUCUUUGGUUUCCAUUACCAUACAUUGUCUAUUCAUUAGCUUCAUGUUUAGCUGCUUUAGCUGCAUCUCAGUUACCACAUAUACAUUCCCCAUGCAAAUUACCUGAAACAGUUCAUGAAGUUGAAAAACAAUAUACACAAGUAACACCUCUUGUAUCACCAUCUACACAAACACUUGAUCAACGAAGACCGUCAUCGGCACUUAUUAGAGAAUUAGGUGUAAUAAAAUCAAAGCCAUCUAAAUCAGUUAUUUUUUCAAUUUCAAAACCUCCCUCAAGACGUUACUCAACUGAAACUAAUCUUGUUCAACAACGAAAUGUUGGUUCUCAUCUUCCAACAAUUAAUGAUGUGAAUGAAGAUGAAGUUUGUUAA